AUGCCUGCAUCAAGCUCCCAGCACAGUGGCCACACAGAGUCAAAGCCGCGCCAGAUCAAGGUCGCCAUCGUCGGAGCAGGUAUCUCUGGUCUCGCCGUCGCCAAUGGAUUGCUCAAGGAUCCGGCCGGCAGAUUCGAUGUCCAGGUAUACGAGCGCGAUACAGUUGCAUUCGACUCGGAGCGUGGCGGCUAUCAAUUACGAAUCAGCUCGAAUGGCCUGAAUGCUCUGCGAACUGUUUCUGAUCGCGAGCUCUGGGCCUCGCUCCGCGAAACAUGGGCAGGCGACGAGGCCAGAGCUCCGGCGAUAGUUGACCCCAACUUCAACCUCCACCUUCGCCUCGCCGAUCUGAAAUUGUACCCUUCGAGUCGGCCGGUCCCACGCACUGGACUUCGACGUGCUCUUCUACAACCUCUACUUUCGCAGAAGAGGGUACAUUUCAACCACAGCCUUACACAUUUCGACUACCUACCAGAAGAACAAGGCGGUGUGGACCUACACUUUGAAGGGAAGCAGUCGCAGUAUGCCGAUAUCGUGGUUGCUGCCGAUGGCAGUAACAGUCGAAUCAAUCGACAAGUUGGUCUCAACAACAAAGUCAAGCUCGAAAACUGGACUUUGAUUCAGUCUCGAGCGGGCAUCGAUCGCUCUGUACGAGACAAGCUGCCCAAAUCGCUGAUAGAUUCUGGCUCUGUGCUGUUCCUGGGUGGCCGACAUGCCUCUGGCUUUGCUUCUGUCUAUGAUCCCAAAGCCGACCUGGGAACUGGUGGAACAGAGACGUAUACCUUGUUUUGGUCAAUCCUGGUGCCCAGUGUGCGCGGAAAGCAGAUGCUACAACAAGCGAACGAUGACCCGCAAAAGGUGCUUCACUAUCUGCUGGACUAUCUGCGUCAGGACCUCGGGUAUGAAGAGGCUCUACCUUUCAUCAUGGAGUCAGCGACCGAGCAUCUUCGCACAGGACUUCUCACAAGUUCGGUCAAGCCGAAGAAGAGCUGGCGAGACAAUGACCCAAGACAUGGCCGAGUGAUUCUGCUUGGAGAUGCAGUUCAUCCUAUGACACCAGGAAGAGGAAUGGGGGCAAACCAGGCUCUUACUGACGCCGGUAAACUGGUCAAGCUGUUUCAGGGGACACAAUUCGCAGAACGCGUCCCCUCUGACGGGGAGCUUGCGACUUUGGUGCACCAAUUUGACAAGGAGAUGUACGGACGAGCUUUUAAGAUGGUCAAAGCGAGUGAGAGCGUCACUGAUCUGGACCUGACGACUGCAAGUGGCAGACUGUUAAUCAAAGUGAUCGGUGUCGUCCUGACGGUUCUCGGCUGGGGAGCGUCGGCUUUGGAGACCAUCGGACUCAAAGAACGAGAAGACCUCGACUUCACCUCGUACAAAGAAUAA